GGGGCCGCAGCCCGGGCGGCCACCGCCCGCCUGGCCAAGAUCCCCACACGCGCCGGCCGCAGCCACCCCCGGGGAGUGCGGGGAGCGCGGGGAGCGCGAGCUGCGCGGGUCCCGCGGCGGCGGCGGCGCGGCGCGGCUCAGGCGUCGGAGCGGGCGGCCGCGGGCGCCGCCGCCUCCUCCUCCAUGGCUGUUUACCCGGCUGCAUUGUGGGAGUUUGACCUCCGCCGCCGCCAACCGCCGCCUCAGCUUGCGCCGCCGCCGCCGCCGCGUACGCCAUGGGAGCCGUGACUGACGAUGAAGUCAUACGAAAGCGUCUCCUUAUUGAUGGAGAUGGUGCUGGAGAUGACCGUAGGAUCAAUCUGCUAGUAAAAAGUUUCAUUAAAUGGUGCAAUUCUGGAUCCCAGGAAGAGGGGUAUAGCCAAUACCAACGUAUGCUGAGCACACUGUCUCAGUGUGAGUUUUCAAUGGGCAAAACAUUGCUGGUAUAUGAUAUGAAUCUCCGAGAAAUGGAAAAUUAUGAAAAAAUUUAUAAAGAAAUAGAAUGUAGCAUUGCUGGAGCACAUGAGAAAAUUGCUGAAUGCAAAAAGCAAAUUCUUCAAGCAAAACGAAUAAGAAAAAAUCGCCAAGAAUAUGAUGCUUUGGCAAAAGUGAUCCAACAUCAUCCAGACAGACAUGAGACCUUAAAGGAACUGGAGGCUCUGGGAAAAGAAUUAGAACAUCUUUCACAUAUUAAAGAAAGUGUUGAAGAUAAGCUGGAAUUGAGACGAAAACAAUUUCAUGUUCUUCUUAGUACUAUUCAUGAGCUGCAACAAACAUUGGAAAAUGAUGAAAAGCUCUCAGAGGUAGAAGAAGCUCAAACAAGCAUGGAAGAGGAUCGUAAGCCUUAGACAGACCAAUCACUUGCUAUUCCCAAGAUUCUUGAAAUAGCAGUAUGAUCUUAGUACGUUUAGAACUUGUUGUGCUCUUAAGAUAUUUAGAGUUUUCACAGUUAAUCUAAUCACUUUGCUUUUAGACAUUAAUGCAGAGUUCAUUCAUAUUUAUUUCACAAGGAAAAAUGACUUCAGACUAUUUGUUAUUGAAUAUCUUUUUUAUUCUUAAAUGUGAAAGGUUGAAAGCAACAUCCAAAUGUUCAAUAAAAUUUUCAAGCUAGA